AUGGACGGUGUUAAUCUCAAAUCUGGCUGGCUGAAUGCAGGUCGAACUGCAAAUAGCAACAUCACAGCUCCUCCGAUCGAAUCAAUCUACAAGAACAAUGACUUCUCGAACGGAUCUAGCGAAGGAAUUCUCAGCUCGGCUGGUUCCAACGGAGUCUCUCGUAAUACAAGUUCUUCCAAGGGCAUCAUAGGGCCACGACCGAUCAUGGGCAGCAUGCCAUGGCCGGCAGUGAACGGUUCGAGAGGUGGACAGACCACGAAUCCUGGCUCGGGGUCUAGCUGGGGAAAUCAGAACAGGGGUCUGUCAGGUUCGCAAUCUUCUACACACUCAACUUCGAAGAUCUCGGCUACCACAACCUUGCCCAUUGCUAAGACCCUUCAGCCCUUGACCAAGACUACCGCUCCUGCGAGUGGCAUCUCAAAGUCAUCGUCUACCGGGACUCGCAGCGGAAGUUCGAGCUUGGUCAAGGCCCCACCAGUUGUUCAACCUGUGGUUCAUGUUACGGAGGUGAAUGAGGAGUCGAAGCACUCGAAGAAAGAAAGCGACGGCAACAAGCAGAUUCGAAAAGAGAAACUGGAGCAACGCAGAAAGUUUCUCGAAGAACUGAGCAGGCAAGGGACUGGAGCGAAGUCCAAGUCUGAAGACGAGGCUGAACUUCCUCGAAGCGUGGAACCUGAAGUGGUAACCUCGCAGGAGGAUGUCAAGAAACCUGCCGAGGAAGAGAUCACAGAAGCUGUUUUGAUAGACAGCAAGGUAGAGGAGGUGUCGCUAUCCAAGGAAGAAUGGAAUGCCAAAUGGAAGGAUAUGUAUGGCAUGUUCGCACGUGGCUCAGAGGAUUCUCAUCUCAUCGACGACGCCGACGAGAACUCUGACACCGGGGAAGGAGAGUCUCUCCUUACCGAAGAGGAGAUGGCAACGUUUCGGGCUGUUUAUGGGUCCAGGAUUAGACGCAAGCAGCCCAAAGAAUUUUUGAUCCGAAGGAGCAAGGUGGAAGACCAGUUCGACGUCACUGCUGGAGAUGACAGCUACUCGACGUCGGAUUCUGACGUGAGCUGAAGGGAUUAGACCGUACGCUCUGUGAUCGACCAAAGUUCAUGUUUUGAGUUCGUAAGAUGUACAGUUUGCGCAGGUGUUGUGGUAUACAAAGGGAUUUGUCUUGGUUGUCUCCCCACCACAGCAAGCUUGUGAGCAGCGAGUAUCUCAGUGGGUAAGAGUUUCAACAAGCUUGUCUUGAAUGUUAGCCAUGCAGUAAAGAAUAUUCGUUGUGUUGUG